AUGUACCGGAACGCCACCAGAACGCCACCGGAACGCCACCGGAACGCCACCGGAACGCCACCGGAACACCACCGGAACGCCACCGGAAAACCACCGGAACGCCACCGGAACGCAACCGGAAAACCACCGGAACACCACCGGAAAGCCACCGGAAAACCACCGGAACGCCACCGGAAACCACCGGAACACCACCGGAAACCACCGGAACGCCACCGGAAAACCACCGGAACGCCACCGGAAAGCCACCGGAACACCACCGGAAACCACCGGAAACCACCGGAACGCCACCGGAACACCACCGGAAAGCCACCGGAAAACCACCGGAACGCCACCGGAAACCACCGGAACACCACCGGAACGCCACCGGAAAACCACCGGAACGCCACCGGAAAGCCACCGGAACACCACCGGAAACCACCGGAACGCCACCGGAAAACCACCGGAACACCACCGGAAACCACCGGAACACCACCGGAACGCCACCGGAACGCCACCGGAACGCCACCGGAACGCCACCGGAACACCACCGGAACGCCACCGGAAAACCACCGGAACGCCACCAGAACGCAACCGGAAAACCACCGGAACACCACCGGAAAGCCACCGGAAAACCACCGGAACGCCACCGGAAACCACCGGAACGCCACCGGAAACCACCGGAACACAACCGUAAACCACCGGAACGCCACCGGAAAACCACCGGAAAACCACCGGAACGCCACCGGAAAGCCACCGGAACACCACCGGAACGCCACCGGAACACCACCGGAAACCACCGGAACGCCACCGGAAAACCACCGGAACGCAACCGGAAAACCACCGGAACACCACCGGAAAGCCACCGGAAAACCACCGGAACGCCACCGGAAACCACCGGAACACCACCGGAAACCACCGGAACGCCACCGGAAAACCACCGGAACGCCACCGGAAAGCCACCGGAACACCACCGGAAACCACCGGAAACCACCGGAACGCCACCGGAACACCACCGGAAAGCCACCGGAAAACCACCGGAACGCCACCGGAAACCACCGGAACACCACCGGAACGCCACCGGAAAACCACCGGAACGCCACCGGAAAGCCACCGGAACACCACCGGAAACCACCGGAACGCCACCGGAAAACCACCGGAACACCACCGGAACACCACCGGAACGCCACCGGAACGCCACCGGAACGCCACCGGAACGCCACCGGAACGCCACCGGAACACCACCGGAACGCCACCGGAAAACCACCGGAACGCCACCAGAACGCAACCGGAAAACCACCGGAACACCACCGGAAAGCCACCGGAAAACCACCGGAACGCCACCGGAAACCACCGGAACGCCACCGGAAACCACCGGAACACAACCGUAAACCACCGGAACGCCACCGGAAAACCACCGGAAAACCACCGGAACGCCACCGGAAAGCCACCGGAACACCACCGGAACGCCACCGGAACACCACCGGAAACCACCGGAACGCCACCGGAAAACCACCGGAACGCCACCAGAAAGCCACCGGAACACCACCGGAAAGCCACCGGAAAACCACCGGAACGCCACCAGAAAGCCACCGGAACACCACCGGAACGCCACCGGAAAGCCACCGGAACACCACCGGAACGCCACCGGAAAGCCACCGGAACACCACCGGAAACCACCGGAACGCCACCGGAAAACCACCGGAACGCCACCAGAAAGCCACCGGAACACCACCGGAAAACCACCGGAACACCACCGGAAAGCCACCGGAACACCACCGGAACACCACCGGAAACCACCGGAACACCACCGGAAACCACCGGAACACCACCGGAACACCACCGGAAACCACCGGAACGCCACCGGAAAACCACCGGAACGCCACCAGAAAGCCACCGGAACACCACCGGAAAACCACCGGAAACCACCGGAACACCACCGGAAACCACCGGAACACCACCGGAAACCACCGGAACACCACCGGAAACCACCGGAACGCCACCAGAAAGCCACCGGAACACCACCGGAACGCCACGCGUGAAGUGAGUGUUGAGAGACUGAGGGACCGCAACCAUGUGCAGUUUUGUCCCGCGGUGAGGGACCCUCAGCUGUCGCUCUCCGUCAGCUCCGCCUUCAGCUCCGCCCCGUGA